CCCAUUCCCUAUUUGUACCCUAAUAGUGUAAAGUGACCUAGCAUAAUCCGGUCCAUCUCAAUUUCCAGUGUGGGCUUUCAAAAUAAGAGUGGGGGAACAGUCACACAGACUAUUUUAAUUUAAACACGUGUGUUUAGUGUAGAGUACUCGUUUUUCCGCCGUUAACGACUACGCCGAUCUUGAGUGAACGCUAACGAGGUAGACGUUAGCUAACGUCCACGUUGCCAUUUAAUUCAUUAUCCCGGCUAUUUAUUCGCAUUAAAAAGUUUCAAAUGAGGUGUCACAGGGUCAAUGCAGACACGCCUUUCAAGGUACCUCUGUUGCGGCGACAUGCUAGAGGGGUUUCAUCAUUUAAAAAGAAGGAAGAAAUACCCGAGGAAGGCACUGAAGGCAAUUCCAGUACAGCAAAUGGUCACUUACAGAACAGCAGCAGGCCCUCACAACCCAAACCCCAUUUUCAUCCAAGCUCCACUAAAACCAUCUUGCCGAUAACAGCAUCAUCAGCUGAACAGGUCACUUGGGGUCAGCCCGCGUGUCAGGUGAGAUCAAACCCAGUUCAAACAGGGCUGACGGUGACAGCAGCUGACAACUCAAGUGACUCCUCGGACGAUGAUGUCUUCUGCGACUCUGAAGCCUCCACAAGCCUUUCUUCCCCAGAGAUCUUCAGAAAUGACCGUAAUGAGACAGGAAUGUUUAAUAUCUCCCUCAUGGACCCCAAUGAGCUGGUGGAUGUCCAGAAAACCUGGGUGAGGAACUCCACAUUGGUGAAUAGUGACCACAAGAGUAUCAACAUGUACCAGACCAUCAACCUCUCUACCAUCCUCGACACCACCUCCGUUAUGGUCAACACAAACAACAAAAAAAGUGAACAGGAGCCGAGUGUUGACGAUUCUCAGUCUUGUUCGGACAAAUCCUCAAAGGGCAAACCCCUUAAACCUGCCAAUGCCAGGAGGCCCAUCUCGUACAGGAAAUUGGCUACCUUUAAAAAUGAUCCUGUUGCCAAACAGGGGGCCCCGAAGCCAUGCAAGGAGCAGGAUUCUGAAGAGAAUGGUGAGGUCAUGUUUUUCCACUUUGACUCCUCCUCCAGGAUGGAGUUCUUUAAGGAAUAUCGAAAGCGGUACUCCCAACUUGCAGUUUGGCACUUUGAACCCUCCGUGCCGUUAUGCUGAAUAUAUCAUUUUGCCCCAAAACAGUGUUUCGCACCGAAAAAAUAGAAAAGGAGAAUGUGAGUUUUGUGCAAGUUUGAAGUUCAUAUAUGUUUAUACUGAUGAAUGGCCACUAGAUGUCAGGCGUGUGUAACCUGACAAAUGAGUUUCGAGUUGCUUUUAGUUUCACAUAAAAUGUUCAUGGUAUGUACGUAAUUUAGUAUAUAAUGAACUUUUAGGCCGGUGUUCCGUCCAAAGUAGUGCAAGUUACAGUAUUUUGUGUCAUGUCUUGUUUGAAGGCUUUUCUGUCGGGACAAGAAUGUGUAAAAUAAUAAAU